CCCCAACCCCUAAAACCCUAAACCUCUCUCUCUCUCUCUCUCUCUCUCUGAUCGUCCCUUCAUAAUAAGGUACACCGGACCUUCUUCUCUCUAUAUCUUUCUUUGAAUAUCUGAAUUAGGAUCAUGAAUCUCGACAACGUUAAAGUUCCAAAGUUGCCAGGCGGUGGUGUAGCUUCUGCUUUAAUUAAGUUUGGAGUUGUAGCUGGGCUUGGUGUGUAUGGAGUUGCUAAUAGUCUCUACAAUGUUGAGGGUGGGCACCGGGCUAUUGUCUUCAACCGUAUAGGUGGUGUGAAAGACAAGGUUUAUCCUGAAGGGACACAUCUGAUGGUCCCGUGGUUUGAAAGGCCUAUCAUAUAUGAUGUUCGUGCCCGCCCCCAUUUAGUGGAGAGUACUUCAGGGAGCCGUGACCUCCAAAUGGUAAAAAUUGGUCUUCGAGUCCUAACCCGUCCUGUACCAGACCAACUACCCACAAUUUAUCGGACACUUGGUGAGAACUAUAACGAAAGAGUCUUGCCUUCAAUUAUUCAUGAGACAUUGAAAGCUGUGGUUGCUCAAUACAACGCUAGCCAGCUUAUUACUCAAAGAGAGGCUGUUAGUAGGGAGAUACGGAAGAUAUUGACUGAGAGAGCUGUAAAUUUCAACAUUGCACUGGAUGAUGUCUCCAUUACAAGCCUUACGUUUGGGAAGGAGUUUACCGCUGCAAUAGAAAAGAAACAGGUGGCUGCACAAGAAGCUGAGAGGGCCAAGUUUGUUGUUGAGAAGGCUGAGCAAGACAAACGCAGUGCUGUUAUCCGGGCACAGGGUGAGGCCAAGAGUGCCCAGCUGAUAGGUCAAGCAAUUGCCAACAAUGCAGCAUUUAUUACCCUCAGGAAAAUUGAAAAUGCAAGAGAAAUUGCACACACAAUAUCGAAGGCAGCAAAUAAAGUUUACUUGAAUUCAGAUUCCCUGCUGCUUAACCUCCAGGAUAUGACUUUGGAGAGCACCACUGCAAAGUAACAAACCCCGAAGAUUUUAAAACAUAUUCUCUCCCUUGUUUAGUUCUCUUUCUGGUAUUGUGGAAUCUCUUUAAAAUUUCCUCUACAGGUUUCUAAUAUUACUUUGUUGUUUUCUGAGGCUGUGUAUUGAGGGAUUUGUUUCAUUGAAUUCUUGAAAUUGUUCAAACCGAAAUUGAUCAUUAUGUUC